AUGAAAAUUAAUCUAUCAUAUAAGAAGAGUCUACCAUUUACUCAAUUCUUAGGCCUUCCACAUCAGCAUCUGUUCCUUCAUAAUUCCACAUCAGCAUUUGAACAUCAUUCUCUCAUCAUUCACUCUGCAUGGUGGGCUGCGGCAGUUAUUACUGUGGAAGUUUCACCCUCCCAGCUUCUCAUGAUGUUGCAAUUACGCAUUGUUCAUCAUUCUAUGCCUAUCCACGCUCCAAAUUGCACAAUGCGCAAUAAUGACCUACCUGUUGAGAGAAUAGCAGAGGUCAACGAUGGAAAAGAGCUUUGGAAGAUUGUUGUUAGGAUUCACCACAGAUGGAAUGUUGUGUCUAACAACAAGGAACAUUUUGAAAUGAUCUUUGUUGAUAAAUUGGGAGAUGAUAUUCAUGUUGUUGUUCCAGCACCACGUGUGUCGGUGUUCACCGAAAAAUGCCUAUUAGGGCAUACUUAUACUCCGUGUGAAAUUAAUAUAUUUCUUUCAGAUGUCGUUGGAAUGGUGGAUAGUAUUGGUUAUGCACAGACUGAGUCGGGCGCAAAGAAGCAGCAAAUUAGCAUGAUGUUGCGUGACCACAGCAACAACAUGUUGAACUGUACUCUGUGGGAAUCAUGCACGGAUCAGUUCAUCAGGUUUAACAAAGUUAGGGUUGCUGCAUCACUCCCUACAGUUGUGUGGUUUCAGUAUGCCAAAGUGAAAGAAGAAGGAAUGUAUCCUCUGUCUGUGACAAACACCUACAAUGUGACCCUUUUAUGUGUUGAUGCUGAUUUUCCUGUCAUGAAAGACUGUAUUGAUAGAAUGCCUGAGGAGAGCAGGGUAACCCUGUUUGAUCAACUCGGAGGGAAUUCCCAAUUAUCCUCCCAGAGUUCUGAAAAUCAACAGCUGACUCCUGUGCAAAAAUUGUUCUCAAAGGCUGUUGUUUUACCUAUUGCUGAGAUUAUUCAACUUACGGAUAUUACAUUUUGUGCUACUGUCGCUACAACAAAAUUAUUAGUCGCGUCUCCAUUUGGAUGGUACUAUCGUGCCUGUCAUAUGUGUCAAUCUAUAGCGCGUGGAGACAGCCCCCCAUUUGAGUGUGAAGCUGGUCAUGAAACCAUGGCUGAAGUCCUUAGGUAUAAGAUUGAGAUUGAGGUUACUCAUGGGGGCAAAAGCUGCAAUUUUCUGUUCUGGAACAGAGAAUGUGAAAUGCUCUUAGGUUUAUCUGCAUCCCAACUUCGUAACACUAUGAUUCAGGUUAAGUGGCAUCCACGCUGGAAGAACUGUUCCGUCGUUAUGAUUAUAAAAAAUGAUCCUAUUAUCCAGCAACUUAAGGAAAAGUGGGGAACAGAUGAGGAACCUAUUCCAAUCCAAACUGUAAUACCUGAGACUCUGGAGAUUAAAGAGAGUGUUGAUGAGGCUAAAACAGAUGCCAAUGAAGACUGUGAAUUGGUUACAGACCUGGAAAUUACAUCUGAGCACAAGCCUGAUGCUGUCACACCUGCUGGUAAGAGGCAUUUUCCUAGUGCAUCAAGUGAAUCCACUGAUUUGGACGGAUUACAUGAUGGAGAACUGUCAUCAAACAAGCUGAAGAAGAUAAUUGAAAUGGAGAAGAUUGAUUAG